AUGGGUUGUGACCAGGGCUGCGGCCUGCUGACCGCUGCGGUCAUUGGUGCAGUUGUAGCUCUGCUUGGAGGUGCCCUGAUACCACUUGGAAACUAUUUCAUUGAGAAGACGAUAAAAAAGGAAUGUGUAAUUGAAAAUGGUACAAUUUCAUAUGAAAACUGGGUUGUGCCUGGAAGUGCCGUCUACAGACAGUUUUGGAUCUUCAAUGUGGAAAACCCAUCAGCGGUGUUGGAGAAUGGGUCACGCCCAAUUCUGAAGCAGAAAGGCCCUUACACGUACAGGAUGAGAUAUUUACCCAAACAAAACAUCACCGAAAAUCCAGACUCGACGAUAUCUUACUUCUUGCCAAACAUUGCUCUCUUUGAUCCUGAUCUUUCCGUUGGGUCAGAAAACGACACCUUCACCAUCGUCAACCUUGCUGUUGUGACUGCGCCUGUCCUGUAUCCAAAUAGUUUAAUGCAAGCAUUGUUGAACGUUUGGAUUAAGGCUUCAAAGUCAUUACUGCUUCAGAACAGAACGGUGAAGGAAUUGCUCUGGGGCUAUGAAGAUCCCUUUUUGAAGAGAAUUCCCUUUCCAAUUCCAAAGACAGUGGGAAUAUUCCUUCCGUACAAUGAAACACUUGAUGGCCUUUACACUGUCUACAAUGGGAAAGAUGACAUAAGCAAGACAGCACUUAUCCACAGCUAUAAAAACAAGAGCACCCUGUCAUUCUGGGAAGGCCCUUGCGAUAUGGUCAAUGGGACAGAUGGGGCAUCAUUCCCCCCUUUUGUCAAGAGGGAUGAAGUGCUGUAUUUCUUUUCUUCUGACAUCUGCAGGUCCAUUUAUGGAGAAUAUGACAGUGAUCAGGUUUUGAAGGGAAUCUCCCUUUAUCGCUUCAUAGUGCCUCCGGGAGCUUUUGCUUCGCCCCUCGUCAAUCCGGAUAACGUCUGCUUCUGCCUAAGGAAUGACAUUACAAAGAACUGCACAUUAGCUGGGGCUCUGGACAUCAGUACAUGCAAAGAAGGCAAGCCGGUGGCUAUUACAUUGCCACACUUCUUGUACGCGAGUGAAGAAAUCAAGGAAGGUGUUGAAGGAAUGCACCCAAAUAAACAAGAGCAUAUGACUUAUUUAGAUAUUGAGCCAACCACCGGGUUUACGCUACAGUUUGCCAAAAGGCUGCAGAUCAAUUUAAUAGUGAGACCCGCUCCAAAAAUUACGGCUUUGCAGAAGGUUGAAGAACCUUUCAUGUUUCCCGUUCUCUGGCUCAAUGAGACGGCAGUUAUUAAUGAUGAGAAAGCAGAGUUUUUCCGAACCAAAGUGACAAAUAAGAUCAAUUUGCUACACCUGCUAGAAGCCGUGCUGCUCAUCUUUGGUGCGGUGAUAUUCCUGGGAUUCCUGGCCACGUAUUUAAUUUGCAGAGCACAGAAAGUCAAAUAG